AAGAUAAAAAGAUAUGUGCAGAGGCUGAGGAAUUGCUCUGCGGCAUGAGAUCUCGCUUUUUCCAGCUGCAGCAACGCGUUCCGUUGGAUCAGUUUUAUAGGUACAAUGAUCUGUGGAAAUGGUCUGCAAUCCAGCUUGUGUUUUCCGCGGCACUCAUUCAAUUCACUCUCAGAGGAACGUUGAUUAGUAGUGGAGAAAUCGACCGAUUGCUUUGCUGCGCGAUAGGUGACGAACAAACGACCGGAAAACACAUAGACAUAGAAGAAUAUCUACUGGGCUUGUGUCAGCUCUCACAAUUUUUGGCGCGUCUAGCUGUGAAUAGUGUUAUAGCAGGUAGACUUCAACGUCCAGCUGAGGUACUAGCCUUCCUAUCUGAGCUUCUAGGCGCACUUAUGGGCUUCUCCUUUCGAAAUGAUCAGCUCAGAAAACGAUUUGACGGCAUGAAGUACGAUGUGAUGAAAGUAGAAGAAGUAGUGUAUGACCUUUCUGUCAGAGGUUUCCCGAUUGUGUCCGCUGAAGCGGGUGCAACUGCUCUUGACCUAAAAAAGCGUCCCAAGGUUGAAACGUGAAAUACUCGACUAUUGUAUUGCACAGCGCUGCAUGCUUGCGUUGUCAUAAAAAAAAGUUGUUUGGAAGUAACGAGUAUUUGGUCAGCAGAAUACUACACAUUCUGUAUAAGGGCAAAUUCGUAUUCAGACUGCAUGACAACAUGUGAUUAGACUGCAGCAAAAGCAUAAUAGACUUUAAUUGUGUCACCUCCGGUUGUAAGGCACAUAUCGAUGAUCCUUGCUCGUGUUCUUCUUUUUCCUCUUCUCGAGAUAACGGUCCAAUUCUCCUUUUUCUUUGAGUUGAUUGAAUUUUGCGACCAUCUCGAGUUUCUUCUGUUCAGCUGCGGUGGAAAAAAGUUCUUUAAUUUAAAAUUCAUGCUUGAAGUUUCAAACUAUUAAACAAUUUUACACGAGCAAGUAAUGAACAGAC